AACUUUUACCGGCCAACAAGCUUAUGCUUAUCUCUCCUCUCCCCAGCAGGAGCUCAGCCAGAAUGAAAGUGGUUCAUAUAGCCCUGCUCUACCUCGGCUCCGUGACCUUCCUCGGGGUGGAUGCUGCCAGGCUGGACGUAGCUGCGGAGUUCAAAAGAAAAUGGACGAGAUGGGCGCUGAGCCGAGCCAAGCGCGACGUGAAGGGGCUGGGGGUCGCCGCCGUGCAGCCCCUCAUACGGAGCCAGGACGUGAAGGAGGAUCACCCGGUCUCACACUCCAGCACCCGGGGCGACGCUGCUCACAUCCGCGUCAAGCGCUACCGCCAGAGCAUUAGCAGCUUCCCGCACUUCGAAAGCAUCCGCUCGGGCUGCCGCUUCGGGACGUGCACGGUGCAGAAGCUGGCGCACGACAUCUUCCAGCUCACCAACAAGGAAAAGGACGGCGCCGCGCCCGUCAUCAAGAUCAGCCCGCAGGGCUACGGGCGCCGGCGGCGCUCGCUGCCCGCCGCCGCAAAAGCUGCAGUCAAAGCUGGAGAAGCCUGGGACUGGCAGGAGAGGGCCAGGGCUGGGAUCAGCAGCGCGGUGCUGGACGGCGGUGCUGGCCGGGCCACAGGGAGCGCGCGGCGGUGGCCGGGCCGCGAGCACCGCCUGCCGCGGCUGCUCGGCGCUGCAAACCCCGCGCGGCCCACACGCGGACCGGGCCAAGGGAGAUCUCGGGAUGAUCCUUUGUUGGACCCCUUGCCCUACCUUGGAACAUUUUAA